AUGGCGAUGGCCGCGCGGCCACAGACGCCCGUGCAGGAUGCAUAUUCGGUUUCGAAUGCUCAUGACCCAUCCGUCUUGAGUCGCGGAUAUGGUUCCCUGCGCACCUCCUCCCGACCAAACUCCUACGCAGGCAACAGUUCCUCCGCCUUCCACAGUCACGGCGCACUCGAACAAUCGCAACCUCCUUAUAUCGGCCGAUUCAGAGAGGAGCUCGAUACAGCUAGUCACCGCAGCUCGAUCGCGCUGGAAAACCCCGCUUCAAGCCUGCAACGAUCGGUCUCUCAGGCUUCUCAGGCCCGUUCCACCACCCCUUCGCGACAGGGGACCUUGCGCAAAAAGGCCUCUUUGAGUAAGAAGGCGAGCUUACGGCGGAAUGGGAGUCGCCGGUCUAUGCGCGCGGGUAGUGUGAGGAGCUUGAGUCUCGGCGACCGCGAGAAGUAUCACGACGGUUCAGAGGACAUGAAUAGUGCCUUUAUGGUUCCUAUCCCGACUACUGGGAACCCGACCGAAGUGCUGUCUACCCGCUUUCAAGCUUGGCGUAAGAUCUUGAAAGACUUGAUUGUCUUUUUUAAGGAGGUACAGAAAUCCUACGAGGCUCGUUCGAAACUCUUUUUGUCCGCUUCAAAUGUGAUCAACAACCAGUCAACCCCCGCUGGCCUCUUGCAGUCUGGUGGGCUUGCCGAUGCGACGGGUAUUCUGCGCGAUUUCCAUCGACAGGGUUAUACUGAAGCCAAUAAGGCUGUGGAGGUGGAGACGGAAGUCAUUAGCCAAUUGACUGGCCUUCGUAGUGAUCUGCAGAAGAAGACGAAGGAAAUCAAGAGUCUCUCGGGCGACUUCAAGAAUACUGUUGAGAAGGAAAUUGAUGGCACGCGCAAGGCUGUGCGCAAUUUACAUGAGUCCCUGGGCCUGGUUGAUACCGACCCCUCCGCGACAUCAGGCAAGGGAGAUCCUUUCUUGAUGCGUCUGAACGUUGAGCGACAAGUCGAAAAGCAGAUUGAGGAGGAGAACUACCUACACCGAGCUUUCUUGAACUUGGAGAACUCUGGUCGCGAGCUUGAGUCGAUUGUUGUUAGCGAAAUUCAGAAGGCUUACAAUGCGUACGCUAGCAUCCUGAAGCGCGAGGCUGAUGAGGCAUAUGACACUGUUGAGAAGCUUCGCGUGGGUCCCAUUUCAAUGCCCCAAGACCAUGAGUGGAACUCAUUCGUAGCCGAGACGGAAGAGCUAGUUGAUCCCCGGAUUCCUCUGCGGAACGUGGAGAGCAUCACCUACUCUGGUAAAGAUCAUCCUGCCGCGGCCGAAGUUCGCGCUGGUAUGCUAGAGCGCAAGAGCAAGUAUCUCAAGAGUUAUACUCCAGGAUGGUAUGUGUUGUCGCCGACUCAUCUACACGAGUUCAAGUCGGCAGACAGGGUCGCCUGGCAGACACCAGUCAUGUCUCUGUAUUUGCCCGAGCAAAAGCUGGGAUCUCACUCAAACGAGGACUCGAGCUCUCACAAGUUUAUGCUCAAGGGUCGUCAAACUGGUGCCAUGCACCGAGGCCAUUCUUGGGUCUUCCGCGCUGAAUCCCACGAGACCAUGAUGUCUUGGUAUGAAGAUAUCGAGAACCUGAGCAACAAGACCGGCGAAGCGCGAAAUGCUUUUGUACGACAUGCUUCCGUCCGAAGACACGUGCGUAGCGUGAGCGGCAUGUCAACCAACAGCGAAGUUCUGGAAGAUGAUGAAGCCGAUCAGACACCGUACUCUGCCGAGUCAGUCAUUUAUACUCAAGGACAACAGGAGCGUCCAAUGUCCGCGACCCGUCAACCCGGCGGUGCUUUCCCAAGCGACGUCCAGAUCGACCGAAACUUGCAGGAACCCUUAUCACCCUCCAGUGGAGCUAGCUCCGGUGGCCGGGAUAUAAUUGCAGCUGCAUCAGCAUACCCAGACGGUGACACUGCUGCGAGCAACUCUCGAUUCUACAACCAGGCCCAAGACGAUAGCCAAUCUCAGCGUAUUAACAGCGAGAGUCCCGCCAACCAGUCUCGGAAUCGCAUGAGUCGACAUGACAGUUAUUAUGGCCAAUGGAUUGGACCUGCAGCGGUUGUUGCUAAGGAGAAUGAGCAGCAGCAGCAUCAGCCCGAGCCCACCCCAGUCGAUGAUCGAGAGAUCCGAUCCGAUGGGGACCAGGCUUCGGUAGCGGCGAUGUCCGGAGUUAUCGGUGUCGCAGACCGCCGAGAGAACUCCGCUCCGCCCAAUGUUGCUCGCCGUGAGAGUGUGUCUACGGCGCCAACCAACACCAAUCAAACAGAUUACACAAACAAUACUCUGGCUACCUCCGUCGAUGACGGCAUUGUGAGCUCCGUUCCUGUUGAAGAUGGAUUCUUUAAUGGAAGCGCAGGUGGCACAGCCAAAACUGGACCUGACAUGUCCCGCUCCAGGCAGGAGAGACUGGAUAGUGUGGUAGCCAUUGAUAUGAAGAUUCCUGGUCGUUACCCACCGACCAAUGUGGCUGCAUGA